CAGCGCGACACUCCCUUGCCCCAGCAGAGGGAGAAAGAUGGCGCCCACACACGUACUGAGAUGCUGUCAGCGGGGCUUAGCGUGGAUCCCGGUGAUUUUCAUCGCCCUGGUGGUCUGCUGGUCGUACUAUGCCUACGUGGUGGAGCUGUGUAUAUUCACCAUCCCAAGCAUAGGAGAGCAGAUCGUCUACCUGAUCUUCUUCCACCUCUUUUUCAUCAUGUUUGUGUGGUCGUACUGGAAGACCAUCUUCACCAAGCCUGCCAACCCUUCCAAAGAGUUCUGCCUGCCCAAGGCUGAGAAGGAGCGCUACGAGAAGGAAGAAAGGCCAGAGACCCAGCAGGAGAUCCUCUGGAGAGCCGCCACCAGUCUGCCUCUGUACACCCGCACAGGAGCCGGAGCAAUCCGUUACUGUGACCGCUGUCAAGUUAUCAAGCCAGACCGAUGUCAUCACUGCUCCGCAUGUGACAUGUGCGUGCUUAAAAUGGACCACCAUUGUCCCUGGGUGAACAACUGCGUGGGGUUCUCCAACUACAAGUUCUUCAUCCUCUUCCUGGCCUACUCGCUGGUGUACUGUUUGUUCAUUGCAGCCACCGUGCUUCAGUAUUUCAUAAAGUUCUGGACGCUUUGCCGGAGGAAAUCGGCAGAGAACUGCCCAAAGAAUGAGCUGCCAGACACUCACGCCAAAUUCCACGUCUUGUUUCUUUUUUUUGUGGCGGCCAUGUUCUGCAUCAGUAUUCUGUCCCUCUUCAGCUACCACCUGUGGCUUGUGGGCAAGAACAGGUCCACUAUAGAGGCCUUUAGAGCCCCAGUCUUUAGGACCGGCUCUGACAAGAACGGCUUCUCUCUGGGUUUCCGUAAGAACAUCGCUCAGGUCUUUGGAGACCAGAAGAAAUACUGGCCGCUUCCCAUCUUCACCAGCCAGGGAGACGGUCUGACGUUCCCCACACGGCUGGUCAGUGCGGAUGUAGAGCAGGCAACAGUGACCCUGCACCCAGAGCCCAAUAAAAGUACUGUGGACGUCCCUGUGAGCCCAGUCAGCGACUCGCAGAAUCGCCUCCUGAACAACGACCAGCAUGCCAACAACAUCGCAGACCAUCUGGCUAACAACACCCUCAAAUCAGAUGAUAGUGAAACCAUUACAGUCUCCAUGGAGAGCGAGUCCUAACCAGGAGAAUAUCCUCAAUCAUCUAAAACGAUGCCUUAAGCAACGCAGCAGUUUAGUUCGUCACCAUGGCAACAGUCUCCCACUGCAACCUCAUCCCCACAGACCCGCUCAGCGUAACCGUGGAAAUGCAUUCAUUUUGCCCAUCACAGAACAGUAAUGCAUUGGCAUUUUUUCGCAUGCAGUGUCGUAAGAAAAUCUUACACCUACCACCCACAGGACCUGACAUACAAGGUUGUUCCCUCUAACACCAACACACAUGCAUACAUGCAAACUGUCACACAUUCAGCCAUUUCCUUUUGCUGUUUAGUUUAAUUAUUUUCUUACAACUGGAGCAUUUAUUUAGAAGAUGAAAGAAGCCUGGAGGGAUUUUCUUUGCUGUUAUGAUAAAACUUUUUGUGCCAAAAGCUUCCUUGGUGCGUCAGGACUUGUUUAAAGGCACAAAACUGCAGUGGAGAGUGAUGGACAAGCUGGAUCAGUGUGUUUGGUUUGAACAUUUCUCUUUCUUGUUUUUUUUUUUCAUCCCUCGGAAGAUGGAUCAGUUUACUCAUGUGACAUUUUUAUAUUCUAUAACACAAGCGUAUAUAUGGUCCGCACCUUUUUUUGAGAUGGAUGUUUCCCCUCCAAAACCCGGACAACAUUACAGAGGACUCUACUGCACUGAGCCAGUGCACCACAGGGAAGACUGUAGCUGGGUUUUGGAUGGGGCUUUGGAUAACAGAGCGCAAGAUGGAGCAUUUGCACUUUCUUAGUUGAUCAAUAUCCAUCAAAACAACGUGCUGCUUUUUUUCCCCUAUCAUGUCCAAAAAAGCAUCCCAGGUAAAACAGAUGUUGGAUGAUGUGAUGUAUGGCAUACUGUGUGUCUGAGUGUGUGAAUGUGUGUGUAUAACAGUUGAAGUGGCAGUUUUUCCUUUUAUUUUUAAGAACUAAAAGAGUCAGCUUUAUGUGCUUUUGUGGCCAACUCGUGCAACAACGUGCUGCUUACUUACGGACAGUAUGACCUGGGAGAUGCAUUUCACACAUUGCAAUGUGCAGCGUCCUUCACUACCUGUUCAGAGUCGGUUCAUUAUGUCAUUGUGAUGAUCAGUGAUUGUUUGUCCAAAAUGUCUACAGCCGCCUGUCCUCUCUACAACUCAGUGCUUCAACCUUUUACUAAGACACCAACACCCAUUGCCAAAUAAGGGCUUGACCUGUCAGGAGCUCUGCAGUGUUUACAACAUUCUAGCUUUAUCUUGUCCUCACUGGCCAAUGUCUUGGUAACCAAAUUUACCAGUCGUCGUGGAAAACUAUUUUACACGAGUUGCAUCUGUCCUGCCUGCCUGUGUGGGUCAUGAUGUCCUUGCAGCACCAGUGCUGGCCGGCAGGUGGCAGCAACGCUGUUAUCUGCCCUCAUUCAGAUGAAGAGCCGUCUGUUCUUCACAAGCCUCUGGCUCAGGGCUCAAUUCACUUUCUGUCUAAUUUGCAGGUGCAGCUUUCAUCAGAAUUAAAUGAUUUCAUAGAAUGAUUCACUGUGUUCCUGUGAAAACUUGUCCAGGUUAUAUCGGAAUCCAAAGUGAAUUGAACCCAAUUCAUCUACUGUUAAAAAAUAGGUAUCGACUACAGCUUCUGCUCCUCGUCUACUCUUUACGUAAUCUGGAAUCAGCUCAGUGUUGUGACCUUGAACUGUUUUAAGCGGAUUUAGCUUGUGUAAAACUUGACAGUUAAAUUGUCUCGUCAAUGUUGAACGUCUGGGAUGUGACUUCAAUCCACAAUGACUGAAUUUUUAAAGCACCAGAAAACUCAAAUGACUGCAUCACGUGAACAUCUGUGAAAUGAUGAACAACCAAAUAGCUAUUUUUCAGGAAUGAGGUACAUCCUUUUCCGGUGAAUUUCUGUCAUUUAUAUGCAACUUUCUGAUUUACAUUUGAGGGAGAUUUGAGGUGUCACUGCUCAUACCCGUCUGGUCACACCCCUGACCGUUGCCGGAGGAGCCUCCCACUAACUAGACCCAAUCAGACUCUGGUGAUGUACAAGUUUACAGCUGUUUCUGUCCUGUAGAGUGAACUCGUGGUGUUGUACAGUGUGUUUCUCGGUAAUCGUCAUAGUUGUGCUGAAUGUACCACAGACAGGACAGUGAGGGUAUUUGGCUGAAUGACGGAGCGUUUAAAACAGCUUUUAUGUUUACAUUUUAUCCUUCCAAUCAUGUUUGAUCUUUUGAGCCCUAGUGUAUUUCUCUACAAACAGAUGAUUGGAGGAUAUUUGUUGCUGUAUGGAUUUAACUGUCAUGGUGGCUGAGUACACACUGUGGUUUGAUUUCAGCAGAUGAAGUUACUGUUGAAGAUCAUGGUCCAAACCAAGGUUGUGUUUUGAUCAAAUGUGGAUCUUUUUUUCUAAACCUCAUAUGUAAACUUUUAGUAACAGGUAAAAACAUAAUUAAACUCUAUCUUGUAUAACGAGCUUGGCUCUCUCCCCUCGUCACUUAUGAUCACUGAAUCGCCUAUAAUCUGCCUCUGGGCGGUUUGGCCUAGAGACUAAAGUGUGUGUGUGUUUUGUAAUCCUUAAUUGAGUGUUCUUUUUGUAAUACUGUCGUCUUGGGAGAAAUGCUUCUGUGCAGCCAUGAGAUUUUUUACGUGUCUGUGUACAUACAUAUCUGUCUGACUAAUGAUAAAACGCAUGGCGCCUAACUUCUGUAAACAACGUUUUAACAUAACAGGGAUUAUGGUGAUAAAACAGACUGGUUUUUUUUCAACUGUAGCCAGGGGUGUCAUGUUUUAAUCCAGCUUUACCCUGGUCUGCUAAAACUUUAUAAAUGAAGCCAUAAAAACUCCUGUGACAAUGGAGGAAGGAUCUUAAAAAUUCAGUCGAAUUUUAAAAAAACAUUUCACAUCUGUAUCGUACACAGUGCAGAUGUCGCCUAUCAUAACUUGCUUAUUGCUACAUUUUGAUUUCUUUUUGUUACAAUGUCCUAUUUUACAACGUGUGUGUAUAUAAAUUGAUAAUGUAUGAAAAAGACUACAUAUAUAUUUUUCUUGUCUGAUUAAUUUUACUGUUCCUAUUUUGUGAAUGAAGUACAUGCCUCUACACAAGUAACGUGAAAAUAACAAUAAAUGUUUUUUUAAACCUCCA